UUUUUUUUUUAAAUUACAGAUUUUUCUAAAUAUAUUUGACUGGGUGGGUAAAAUGACCUGAGUGGGUUCGCUAGGCCAACCCCUGUUCAUACCUGUAAGCAGCCUUGGACUGAUGACUGAAGUAGUUCGAUUGUAAUCAAAGAACAGACAGCAUUUCCUGUCACAUCUAAAUCACACAAACAUGCACAGUUCUUUCUUUCACGAGACUGAAAUUUUGUGCUCUAACAUCUUCAAAGAUGAGCCAUGUUCUAAGUGUGAAGAAGGCUGGGAGCACCAUGGAGGAAAGUGCUAUUAUUUCUCUGUCAGUAAAUCAUCCUGGACUGUGAGCAGAGGUGGAUGUAGAGCUAAAGGAGGAGACCUGGUUAAAAUAGACAGCAGGGAGGAGCAGAAAUUCCUGGAUCAAAGACUGAAAGACAUAAUGAAUUAUCCUCAGGAUAAGUUCUGGUUUGGACUGACUGACUCAGCAGAAGAGGGUAGAUGGUUGUGGGUGGAUGGCUCGCUACUGGACAAAAGUUUGACUUAUUGGGGCUACGACGAGCCAGAUGAUUGGAAAGGGGAUUAUCCUGAUGGAGAGGACUGUGCAAGAAUGGGGGUAAAAGAUGAAACCUCUGAUCUGAACAGUUGGUUUGAUGCUUCCUGCAACGUGGCUCACAGAAGUAUUUGUGAGAAAGCAGAAAUAACUGGACAACCUACAGGGUGGUUGGAUUUUUAAAAAUAAAAUUGAAGACAAAAUUUUGUGAU